GAGAUUUUUCUGCUGCAGGAGGCGACCGAUGGCCUUGGUGCCGGACCGCCUGCUGCGCUUCGAGCUCCACAACGUGGUCGAAGCCGACGCCGUCUUGGCCUCGUCUUGCUUUGGCGGCGUCCUCCAAAGCGUCGUGUACGCCGAGCUGCGGCUGCUGGGGCGUGGCGGCGCGCUCCAGACCGCGUGCGUGCAUCCGACCGAAACCUGGCAGCACCAAGUCUUUGAGUUUGCACUGUCCGAGGCCGAGGCAGCGUCACGUGUCUUGCAUGUGACGCUGCAUGCCAUCGACCUCUUUGGCUUCGCCUCUCGUCUAGGCGAAACGCACGUCCCGCUCGGCCCGCUCGACGCCGACAAGCACGUGGCCGAGAUCCCGCUCGUGCUGCCGCUGUUUGAAAGCGACGGCGACAGCACCGUCCAGACGUGCAGCGUCCAUGCCUCCGCCGCCGUCUGGACACGCGACGACCUCGCGAUUGGUGCGACACUCGACGUGUGGGAGUACGAGCGGUACGCCGAGGCGUGGUCGAGCCAAAACCUCCUGCCAACCGACGCCCGGACUGCCCUCGACGACACUGCACUGCCGGUCGUGCCGCCGACGCACGUGCCAUCUCUCGGUUGGUUCCCCGAGGUCCACAGUGGCGACACGCAUGGCUGGUACUAUGCAGCGACGUUUGCCGGACCAUGGCACAACUCGAUGGGCGCGAAUUGCUACUGCCGCCGGCGCCGGCUGCUCCGUCGCAGUCUUCCCGCCGACGUCCAGGCACAGAAAAAGGAGCUCGCUGAUCUGCUUCGACAAGACCAUGCGGUGACCGUGCACGAGCUCUUGGCCGCGCGCGACGCUCUUGCUACGCUUAUGGAGCAGUACCAGCAAGCGCAAAACGAGCACACCGCUGCAAUGGAGCGUCAGCAACGCGAAGCGGCUGCCGCCCUCGCCGCCGCCACUGCGACUCACCAAGCCACACUCCAAGAUGUGACCGACGCGCAUGCGGCGACGCAAGCCACCUUGGCCGCGCGCACAGCCGACGUUGAGGCGCUCCGCGCCCGUAUCGCCGAACUCGAGCUCGAAACGAGUCGGUGGCGGUACGCCAAUGAACAGCGCAUCUCGAAAAAGCAACUCAAGGUCGACUCGCGCCUCAAGUCGCUCAGCAUGGCGCCGCGGCUCCUGCGUGUGCAGCUCGUGCGCUGCGAAGACCUCGCGGCCGCCGACUCGGCGCUCAUGGGUGGCAAGAGCGACCCGUACGUGACGUUUUACCUCGGCGACAAGAAAGUCAAGAGCACGCAGUUUUCCAACGAGCUCAACCCGGUCUGGGACCACGAAGUCUUUGAGUUUCAGAUUACCGAGGGCGCCAUGUACACGGAGGUGCUGCAAAUCGUCGUGUCGGACCACGACACGGUCGGCGCCGAUGAAGUGAUUGGCACCGCGUCGGUGGCGCUCCAGCCGCUCGAGGACUCCGCUGCCAACAACAACUGCAACACCAACAAGGGCAACAACGAUACCAACAUCAAAAAGCAAGACGCCGCCGACGAGGUCGUGCUGCCACUGGACAUUCCGUCCGAGUUUUCUUCCCAGCGCGUCCAUAGCAGCAUCGUCUUGCGGUUUGAAGUGCUGCCGGGACCACCGGUGACGACGCUCCAAGUCUGGGAGAACGAGCGCUACGCGAGCCGCAAGUGGUCGUCCGCGCACUUGCUGCCGUCCGAGCGCCAGACGUGGAGCGUCGGCUCGGCGUCGCAUGCGUCUCGCGACAACGUCGCACCGCCAUUGCCGCCGUCGACUGAAGGCAGUGCACUUGGCUGGACCAUUGACCGCACCCAGGGCGACGUCCACGGCUGGUUUUACGCCAAGUCGUUUGAAGGCCCUUGGGUCAACACGUCCAACUCGUCGAGCGUCGUGCGGCGUCGCGUGUGGAGCAACCCGUGCCAUGCCGCGAUUGUGUCCUAAGACAUCGGACUUUCUUG